AUGUCAGAGUUAAAAGAAAAGGUAAUUCUAACAUAUAACAGUGAUUUAGAUACCUCUUGCAUAUUGUUGUGCUUGAAAGAAAAGGGAUAAGUUAUCGCUUAUGUGGCAAACAUCGGGCAAAAGGAAGACUUUGAUGCAGUUAGAACAAGGUUGCUCAAAAUUGGUGCCGCCAAGAUAGUGAUAGACGAUAUUAGAGAAGUGUCCAUAACUUCUUAUGUAUGAUCUGCCGUGGCUUAUGAUUAAUUAUUGUAUGAGGAAAGAUGAGUCACACUAGCAUGACCAUGUAUCAGCCAAAGUUUAAUAAAAGCCGUAAAGGCUGAGGAUUCCAGUAUCAUCGCACAUGGAAUAACUAGAAAAUGGAAUAAUCAAGUUCGCUUUGAAUUGAACUGCUAUAACUUAUACUCUAAACUUACGAUUUUAGCUCCGUGAAGAAAAAUCGAAUUUUAUAAAUUUCAAGGAAGUUCCAAAUCAGAGUACGCACGAUGAAAUAGUAUCCUGAUCUUUGCAACGGCAAAGGAAUCGUGGAGCACUGGUGCUAAUUUUGUACACAUUAGUUUUGAAUCAAGAAUAUUUGAGGAUCCUGCCGUUCCAGCGCCGAAAGGACUAAUGACCAUUGAUCCGGUCUAUUCCUUGGAGCAGAAAAAAUUUGAAAUUAGUUUUAAGAAGAAAUACCCGAUUAAUGUAAAGAGUCUAAAAGAUAGGAAAAUUCCUCUCGUAAUAAUUGAAUAUCUCAAUGAGGUCGGCGGUGCACAUGGUAUUGGAUGGAUAGAUAUUGUGGUAUCAAUAUUUGUCCAAUUUCAGUCUCCAGGCAUUUACGAGUCGCCAGGUGUUAACAUUUUAGAGGUCGCGCAUUGAGACUUGAAAGUAUUUACUUUGGAUCGAGAGAUUCUGAGAGUCAAAUCCUCUCUCUAUCUGACAGAUAAGAUAUAUUACUUAUUUACAGGUUUCUGGUUUUCAUUGGAAUGCGAUUUCGUACUGGAAUGCAUCCAGCAUUCGCAAAGAUACGUAAACGACACAGUGUAGCUGCAGCUGUACAAGGGAAAGGCUAUAGCGAUCGCCAGAUCGAGCGUUUCGUUGUAUAAUCAAACUCUCAUCUCGAUGAAUGAAACAGGGAGAUUAGCGGUGAAUGCAACUGGAUUUAUCCGCACGCAAGCUCUGAAACUAAAGGAGUUUUGUCGUUUCAAUAAACAACACGAUGUCUGA